AUGGAGAACUUUCCGAAAGAUGCGACUUUCUGGUCGCUGAACAGAUCUUUAAAUGAGUCGAGUAGCGGAAACGAAACUAUAGCCGCAAACCGAACCGCGAACCCUCUGAAGCGCAACGAGGAGGUUGCCAAAGUAGAAGUUGCAGUGUUGAUUGUGGAGCUGCUGCUCGCUCUUGCCGGUAACCUGUGCGUCCUGAUGGCGCUUCAUGCGAGCAAGCGGGCGCGUUCGCGCAUGCAUUACUUUAUGAAGCACCUGAGCAUCGCGGAUCUAGUGGUGGCCAUAUUUCAGGUGCUGCCACAGCUCCUCUGGGACAUCACAUUCCGCUUCUAUGGGCCUGAUUUCUUAUGCCGCUUGGUGAAGUAUCUGCAGGUGGUGGGGAUGUUUGCCUCUACCUACCUGCUUGUGCUGAUGUCAGUGGACAGGUGUCUUGCAGUAUGCCAGCCUCUCCGCUCCCUGCAGAACAGAAAGGACCGUGAGUAUGUUCUUGGGUCAUGGCUCCUGAGCCUUCUGCUCAGCCUCCCACAGACAUACAUUUUCUCCCUUAAAGAAGUAGCCCAUGGGGUCUAUGACUGCUGGGGAGACUUUGUGCAGCCAUGGGGGGCAAAAGCCUAUAUAACAUGGAUAAGCCUUGCAAUCUACAUCAUACCCGUUACCAUUUUGAGUGUAUGUUAUGGCCUCACAAGUUUUAAGAUAUGGCAAAACUUCAAGCUGAAGAGCAGAAGGGAUCAGCCUCUGAGACUGUCUCGGGAACUGGCUGAUGGCGCAGCACUUUCACGUGUUAGCAGUGUGAAACUUAUCUCUGAGGCGAAAAUCAGGACGGUGAAAAUGACAUUUGUUGUUGUCUUGGCCUACAUACUCUGCUGGACACCAUUCUUCUUCGUGCAGAUGUGGUCAGCUUGGGAUCCUAUGGCACCGAGAGAGGAUAUGGCGUUCAUUAUUGCCAUGCUGCUGGCUAGCCUGAACAGCUGCUGUAACCCAUGGAUCUACAUGUUCUUUGCUGGCCACCUUUUCCGUGACCUCAUGCUGGACUGUUUGACGAUAUUACGCUGUAACUGCGUGGGGCAGCAGAGUCCUAACAGCCAAUCAACAGGAAUAGUGAUGAAAGACACUGGCAGCCAGAGAAGCCUCACCCAAACAUCAACAGUGUAA